GUUCUCCAUUUUCCUGGCUCCUGCCUGGGUCUCAGGAGCCUGCCUCCCAAUCUCCACUCUUCCCAGUACCUAUGGUCGCGUAAACAACUGCCUAGCUCCAGGUCUCCGCUCCGCAGCCCCUGGUGGGCAAUCUCUUCAACCUGGGGCUGACAUGGACCCAAAUCCACGAGCAGCCCUGGAACGCCAGCAGCUGCGUCUCAGGGAACGGCAGAAGUUCUUUGAGGACAUUUUACAGCCAGAGACAGAGUUUGUUUUCCCUCUGUCCCAUCUUCAUCUGGAGUCGCAUAGACCCCCCAUAGGCAGCAUCUCGUCCAUGGAAGUCAAUGUGGACACACUGGAACAGGUGGAAUUCAUUGACCUUGGGGAUCAGGAUGGAGCAGAUGUGUUCUUGCCUUGUGAGGACUCUCCACCAGCUCCCCACAUGUCUGGUGCCCAUCCUUCUCUGUACUUCAGUUUCCCUGGCCAGAUACUCUCAGAGUGCUCUAAAGCCCUGUGUGGGGGCCCUCACCAGCUCUUCUCUAUGGGUAGGAGUGGACAACCGUCCAGAGGAACUGAGCCUGCCAGUACCCACGCCAGACAGGACCACAUCCCGAACUUCCUCCUUGUCCUCUGACUCGUCUAACCUGCGCAGUCCAAAUCCAAGUGAUGGGGGAGCAGACACGCCCUUGGCACAGUCUGAUGAUGAGAAUGGGGAUGAUGGAGGGGCAGAGCCUGGACAGUGCAGCUAGCACUGGGCCUCUUGAAGACUGACCAAUCUGGCUGUUCUCCUUAGAGAGGAGAUCCCAGGCCCAGCAGAGCACUCCGGAGAAGACACUUUACUUGCCAUCAGCACCAAAGUGAGAAGGGAUGGCGGAUGGUGUACCUGAGAAUUAGCCUUCCCCCUGCUUUCUGCUAACUUUCUCCCGCUGCAGCCUUCCCACCAGUGGUUUCCUUCUGAGGUAGGACUUCCAAAUGAGAAGCGGGAAGAUGAGGUAGGACAAGAUAGCAUUGCUUUGUUAGUACCCCUCCUGCCCCCAGGUGACCCUGUAGUCUUUCUCCUACAUCGGUGUCUGAGGACAAGUUCUGAGGAGUUCCACUGCGCACUCUGUGAGGCUGUACUGUUGUAACCUUGCCUCUUUAAGUCCUUUUUGGAACAGGAUAUAGUAUAAAUAAUAAACUAUAAUAUACCA